CACACUCUGCAGCUCCUGCUCCUCCUCUGGCUCCUCCCCAUCCCCCUCCUAACCUCUGUGUUACCUUCAAUCCCACUCAGACCCCUCCCAUCCCCCUGUGUACCCUGACUCUCUGUGGCUCCCGCUCCUCCUCUGAUUCCACACUGUCCCGUUCUGUCCUCCUUUGUCCCCCUCCAUCCUGUUGUGGCCCCAGACUCUAUGGAACUCCUGCUGCUCUGUCCGCUUCAGUCCCCCAGCAUAUCCAGGUUCUCUGUGACUCCUGCUCCUCCUCUUGUUCCACCCUGUACCCUUCAGUCCCCCUCUGUCCCCUGCAUCCCCAGACCCUCUGUGGCUCUUGUAUCUCACUCCUCUGAACUGUGCUGCAAGCUCCUUCACCACCACAGUCCUUCUGGGCCCUGAUCUUUCUGCAGGGUGAUUCUGUCCCCCACAGAACACACAGCCCCACUGUCCCUCUGCAGGGCCGUCACCAACACCAGGCUUCUCCCUGUCCCCAGGUCCUCUGGCAGCAGCAGCCUCCACCAGCUGAAAGCCCCAGCAAGGGGGCCGGCUGGCACUGCCCAGAGCCUGGGCCUUGGCUCCAGGGAGCUUCUGGAUUGGAGUCUCCCUAAUCCGUGACUGUGCAACCAAGAGCGAGCUCUCUGAGGGGCUCAAAGCAGGCAGUUUACCUUCCAGUUGCUGAGGCCAGAAAUCCACGAGCAGGUGUAGGCGUGUGGUCCUGGAUAGAGUGUCUCCUGAGGUGCUCGUCAAGCUGUCAGCAGGGCUGCAUCUCCUGGAACCUGGCCUGGGGCCGCAGGACUUCCUCCCAAGGUGGUGCACGUACAUGGCCGGCAGUGAGUGCAGACUGCCUCGGUUCUCCGCAUGGCCUACAGUUCCUGAGGGCCUCCCCCGCAGGUCCAACCUUACAUGCUCACUAGAGAGAGAAAUGGAGAGAGAGAGAGAUUAAAGAGACAGAGAGCCAGAUGCAGGAACAAAGCUCUGUAUGGGAUGAUCUUCUGCUUCCUGAACUUUCCAAAGUGGAAACGUAGCAAGCUGAGUUGGGAAGGAGGAGGUGCAACUGUGUCUUGAAGGCCCCCAGGAGCUGAGCGGCCUUUGGAUGCUGAGAUGCUUCCCCUUGGACGUGGGUCUACUCACUGCUCUCUGUUGUCAUGGACACUUCCCUGGAUGCACCCCUGAACUCGGUGCACCUUGCCGUCAUAAAUCUGACGCCUGAAAUGCUGAUACCAGCAAUCCACACCCCUUUGCAAACUGAGUAAGGGAUGACUCUGCCCAGCGUGGGUAAGGAAGGAGUAUGCUGCUCUCGAGUGCCUACGUGGUGAUUCUCUUGUCCAGGCAUCAGAGGCAGUGCCGGCACCUUCACACCACUCUCCUUAGGAGUCUCCCCAGAGAGAAGGACCACCCAGAGCUUCCUGUUGUUGGUGUAUGCAGGACUGCUACCUACCCACCUGACCUUUUGCCUGAUCCAGCUUCAGGUGUGUGCAGGACUCACAUAAACCCGCCUGAUGUCUCACCUGAAUCUUGCCCAUGUAUUCUCUGGUGUCCCUGCAAGCGCCACAGGACUUGACCCUCUCUCGAACCUUACACAAACGCGACACCGGCCGGGGGUCGAGCAGGCAGCCGGCACCAUGAAGAUCUGGACUUCGGAGCACGUCUUUGACCACCCAUGGGAAACUGUCACAACAGCGGCAAUGCAGAAAUACCCGAACCUUAUGAACCCGAGCGUGGUUGGGGUGGACAUGCAGGACAGACAUAUAGACUCCUCCAGGAAGCUGCACAGCCAUCCACUUCUCAGCACGGAGUGGGGACUGCCUUCCAUUGUGAAGUCUCUUAUCAGUGCGGCAAGAACAAAAACCUACAUGCAGGAACAUUCUGUGGUUGAUCCCGUAGACAGAACAAUGGAACUCAAAUCUACUAAUAUUUCAUUUACAAAUAUGGUUUCAGUAGAUGAGAGACUUAUAUACAAACCACAUCCUCAGGAGCCAGGAAAAACUAUUUUGACUCAGGAAGCCAUAAUCACGGUGAAAGGAGUCAGUCUCAGCAGUUACCUCAAAGGACUGAUGGCGAGUAUGAUAUCUUCGAAUGCGAAUAAAGGCCGAAAAGCAAUGGAAUGGGUAAUACACAAAUUAAAUGCGGAGAUUGAAGAAUUGGCAGCUUCUACGAGAACGAGCAUAAGGACGCCGAUGGCGGCGUUGGCGUUUGCAGAGAAGUGAGGAUGGAAGGCGGGUCUGGACCCGCCCCCCCCCCGCCCCCAGGUCUCUGCAAGCUGGCAGUGUAUUUAUUUGUUAUUUAAAAAAAUAAAACUAUAUUUUAGGUAGAUUUUUCUUAAGCUGAAGAACAGCUAUAUGACUUCUGAUCCAAACACAGAGGUGCAGGGUUUCUAAACAAAAGGGAUCAUCCGGAAGUAGUACUGUUUGUAGUGACCAUCUAAUUGUGAGGAUUCCAAUAUUUAUGUGAAAUAUUAACAAUUCUUGCAAAGCCCUUGGAAAGUCAUAUUGGCAUGGUCAGUCUCCCUUACGGCAGAAUUUCAAAGCUUUUCUGUGCAUUGGAACUCUUCCUGGCUUUGGACCAACCCCAGAGCAGAGCCACCUGAGGCCGCACACGCAGUGACCGAGCUGCAGUGACCUUCCCGAGCUGGAGUGAGGGGCUGCUCUUUAAAAGGAGAAUUACAUUGUAUUAAAAGGACAUACUAAUUUGUAUAAAAUAAUUUGCUCUGCUAUAAACUACCAUUAAAACAUCACAGUGUUUGGUUUUGGUACUUAAAUGACAUUUGCGGAGUGAAAAAUCCCACUAAAAGAAUAGGUGACUCCCAAGGGCAACACAAAGGGUUUUAUUGUAUAAAAGAGUAACAUAUUAAUUUGCCAAACUUUUGUAACUUGGGGAAAGGUAUUACCUUCUUUGGAUUUGUACUCUGUGACUUAGCAUGCUAUCCCGUGGGCUGGUGACGUUCACUGAAGCAUUCAAGUCAUUACCGAAAUCUCGCAGCACUCCAAACUUAAACAGAACAGCUGUUCACAUCUUCCCGCAGUUCACAUUUGCCUAACUUACAAAUUGCCGUGUGUCAAAAUCCUGGCUGUGUAAUUGCUAAAGCAUGAUAUGUCAGGUUAUUUGAAUAUAAUUACUUUUUGAAGCAAUUGUGACCACAAAACAUCUUUUUUACAUGAGCUGUACGUCGUUUGAAAUUAUUCAAAUGAUGUCUUUCUGAAGCAUAAAUCCCAGGUACUUAGUGUUUUUAAUAAUAUGGUGGGGGCGGUGGGGAAGAAAAAGAGAAUAAUAAUGAGAAAAGAAUUGACCUAAACCAACGACUAUGUGAAUUGCUUUGCAGCUUUUACUUAUGGGAAAUCCUUACUUUGAAUACCAAGGGGCAGCUGCAGGCUGAGAAGCAAAAUGUAUUUCCCGUUCUGUCGGCAGGCAGUUACCAACCAGUAACUAAGGUCUCUGGUACUUGCAAUUAUUGCACACAGAGUAUAUUUCUUAGAAGGUGAUUAGCUCUUGUCUUCAUUUUACAGUGCUUAAUGUAAUAAACUCCUCAGGUUUCCUGGAAAAGAAACCAGUUAAUAAAUGUACAUAAACCACAGAAAUAGUAGAGCAAACUAUUUACAAAUUAGUGUUUUUCUACUUAAGGUAUUGUUUAGCUUAAGACGUCUUAGGACCUUUUUAAAAGCAACUGAAAUCCAAUAAGGUUUUCGAUUAUUUUUUGUAACCGGAGAUAAUUUUUACAAUUGAAGUAACAUUUCAAUUAAAACAUUGGAAAAUAUUGAUACUUGGUAAAGUUGCCAUGUAUGAUUUCUAUAAUCUAUACUUGUGAAAAAGGUGUAAUGCCCUAAAUGAUAAAAAGAUUUCUGAAUCAAGUGCUUUUCAGUCAUAGAAAUAAUUUUUAAUUCUAUAAUCUACCUGUAUGGUGCAUUACAUUGAUUGGUUUGGGAAUGUUAAAUACAAUUUGUGUUUGAAGGAUAA